UCAUCGAAGAAGAAGUGGACUGAUGACGUAUUGACCUAAGAUGGCGAAAAAACUGCUUAGGAAAUCUCCUUCGUCCUCAAAUAAAUUCAAUAGUGCAAACAUGACGGAUGAUUUUCAAUUACAUCUCGACUCAAGCGACGACGACGCUGCUCCAGAAGAGGUGACCUUCGAAGAGUCAAAGGCUUCUGCUCUACGGAGCAUGAAAAAUGCGUUGGAGACAUCCAAAAGAGAAAAGGAUUUUCUCAAAGAAAAGCGAAGGAAGAGACAGGAGCUGUUUCAAGAACAGAAGAAAAGAAGACUUCUCCCUGCACAUAUUCUAGAAGAAAUUGACACAGCUCCAUCAAAAAAACAGAAGCUACCUGGAGAUCAAGCUGAAAGCAACAAUGAAGAGGCAAGCUGUUUAAGGGAGGAGGGGAGCGAAGGAUCGAAAGAAGGGUAUGAGAAAGAGACGAAGAAACGACUCAAGGGAAAUAUCCGGAGUCUGAAGGGGAACUACAGGGUAAUGAGGGUGGUGGACCAAUCUUCAAACAAGUCCCAACAGCAGACAGCCAUGGAUUUCAUACAGGCCAGACUGUAUGGCCCGGGAAGUCGGAGGACGACAAACAAUGAACUUCUCUCCCUUCAAAAUAAGAGGGGCCCAAAUAAAAGUGCGGCCAUGCAGUUUGUGAAUAAGAAAUGGGGCACAGAGAAGAAAGCAAAGGCGGAGAAGUUGAAGAAGCAAUGGAUUCACAAACAGAAGGUUCCAUCAAGCUGAGCAAAUGGGGAAAUAUGGGGUGGACACCUAUCGGGUAAUCGCCCUUUCACUCUGCCCUGAUCUGAAAGCGCUGGAUAGGUUGAAUAAUUAUGGUUAUAGAUCAAACUAGCCUCCUGAUUUGGGUCAAAGUGCUUUCACCUAUCCAGGCCAUUGAGGAGCUGGAUCAAGCAUCUGAGUAGGAGUGCUGAUUAUGUAAUUUGUCAUUGUGAUGUAAAAUGGAAACCGAACCUGAAUCAGAACUACUACUUUGAUACAAUUGAUAAAUAUGACCGCCAAUCUGAGUUAAGUAGACCAGCUUUAAUGAUUUUUUAAAUAGUUGCACCUUAUGUGGAAUGAUCUCAAACUCCUUGAAGUUGUAGCCUCUAGGGCAGGGGUGUCAAACUCAUUCCACGGAGGGCCGAGUGUCUGCAGGUUUUUGGUUUUUCCUUUCAAUAAAGCCCUAGACAACCAGGUGUGGGGAGUU